GAACAUAAUUAUAAUGGACCUCCAUAGAAGACCUCUGAAUGACUGAGAGGUCUCUAUAAGAAAUAAAGGACCUCCAAGUAACCAAUCAGAUUUGUGACAAGCAUUUUCUAAACAUAGGGAGAUACCCUAAAUACUUAUUAGGUAUUGACUUCAUUCAAGCUAGCUAGCUAGCUGUGAAGCUGUGACCAGAGUUGUGACUAAAUAAUGGACACAAGAUUUGUUUUAUUUUUAGUUGUGCUCUUAAGCUGGACGACAGCUCAGCAACCAGCACUGUACUGUCCCGGUCUUGCAACUAUCAGCUGUUCAACUGUAACACCAAUUAUUUGGGAUGGGACAGCUUUUAAUGGACAGUGUCCCCUCAAUGGGAUUGGUUUUCAAACUAUUAACAAUGACAGUAUUGGUGAAUCCUCUUCCUGCGGAGAACUGAAUGUGACUAUCACCAAUGUAGUCACAACCAUCGAUGUGGGUAACACUGUAGUCAUUGUUAACUCAUCACUGUCUUUCAGUGCACAACCAUCUCUCAGUGGAUUAACUGUUGUCUGUAGAAGUGGGCCCAAUGCUGCUGUGAACUCUAUGCUAUUGAUUCCAGAUCCCACUCAAGCUGUAUCUGUGAGCCAGGACUCUCUGACAGCUGUGACAGUGACUUUGACGGGCGGAGACAGUCGCUGUAUUUCACUGUACUUUGUGGAGAUCACUGAGAUAGGCAGCAACGACUCACCCACUAUCAUUAGCAGCUCUUUUCCCUCCAUCGGUGUGACUGGUCUGGACCUGUGUAUAGGAACCGCUCCUUUGUUGUCGGCUUUGUUCAAGCUCCCUCAGGCGUGCAAGGGGGAAGAAGUACACCAUAAAUGAUAGGUUUGGAAGCGGUUGCAAAUGUGACAGCCAACACAACUACUUUGUCUUGGACACAGCCGGCAAACACUGCUUCAGAUGGCUGUAUCUCUGGUUAUAUCAUCUCCUGGACUGAGGGAGAAGACACUACAGCUGAACUGUAACGGUGACACCCAAUACACCAUCUGGUCGUCUCACUGUGGGUACCAGUUUGCAGAAUGUGAUAUUUAAGCACCCAGAUUUUGCUGCUCCUAUAGUAUCAGCCUUUUUCAUUCUCCAGUCAGAUAGUGUGGUCAUUAACAUCAACUGGCAGGAUAUCUCUUUAGAGGCAGUUCCAUUGAGAAUGUUUGGGUUCAGUAAGAUUGGGGAGGGUGUGUGUAACCCUCGGUUUAGUACAACUGGUUCGUCGGUGACCCAGUCAGUACCAGAAGCUCAGUCUGGUGACAGGUACACUGUCUGUGUGGUGUUUAUCAACAACGAGUGCAUGGAGCGUGUGGAUGACACUAUCAAAGAAAUGCUUGCCAAUCCACAGCUAUCUGUUGGUGAUAGUUCUAUCUCAAUAGUGGUCACUGUAUCUCCCUCUCCCCCCAUGAAUCCUGACUUCCUGUCCAUACUCGCAACUAUUGAUCCCCCUCAUGCUAGUGCUGUGUUGGCAAACUACCCCACAUCAUCUCAACAGUACAUGGUGAUGUUUGAUGGUCUCACUUCUGGAACAAUCUACACUUACGACAUCAGGGUGAUACUCAGGAAUGACUCCACCCCCACUAUUGGUCUGCCGGUGACUGGAUCCUUCACUGUUCCAGCAUGUGGCACAGUUUGUGUAACCGUGGUUAUUGUAGUGAGUGCAGUCCUGCUAGUGGUUGCUGUUUUUUGCCUAGCUGGAGGCUUCGGUGCUUAUAAGUACAAAACCAGAUCUAAAGAUUGGUCUGCGAGAUCGUUCAAAUCCGAAAACACAGAGAAGCACGAACUUACACAUAGCUUACCCCCUCCAUCUCCUGACUCCCUGUAUGCUGACCCCAGAUCCAUUGAGCACCAGGCAGCCCUGGGCACUGAGGACCAGUACGCCAUGGUCGAUAAAAACGGCAAGAAAAACACAAAACCAAAGCCAACUCCACCAGAAGCUGUGUAUCAGGACCCCUGCACAAUUGAGCAUAAGACCACUGCCUCUGGAGCCAUCUAUACCGUGGUGGACAAGCUCAAGAGGUCCUCCAAGAAGGAAGGAGAGCCGGACGUGAUUCCCCCAGCCAGCGAGGGGAGUACAUGUAAGCGUGUUGAAGAAGCAACUAAACCUAACUCCAGCCAGCUUCCUCAGGAACUUUAUUCAGAGGUGUUUGACGCAUUACCAAAAGGGAUGGCUCCUAAAGUUGUGAGGAAUGGAACGAAAAACUAACUGAAUUUUAUGUAUACAGUCAUGUAGUUAUAGCAACAGGUGCUCAUUUUAACCUCAUAGUGUAGGUUAUUAGCUUACACUAUAAAUCCUUUAAUAUUCAUUAU